AUGCAAACGACCUUUGUCCCCUUCAAACAGCCCUCCCACCGCCCCCACUCCCACUCCCGCCCCCGCUCCCCCGACUCAGACUCCGAAACCCCCGACUGGCGCCUUCAAAAACCCUUCGGCGCCGGCCUGAAGCGCAAACGCCUCGUCAAGUUCGUCCCCGCCACCGACACCUCCCUCUCCUCCACCACCACAACCACCCCCGCACCCAAAUCCACCAAAACCGGCGCCGAGGUCUCAAACCUCUACCUCUCCCUCGUCGGGCUCUCCACGCCCCGCCCCGGCCCCGCCCCGCCGCCAGAGACCUGCCCGGACUGCGCCCUCCCAAUCACCGACGCGGCCACGCACGCCACGUCAACCGCGCACCUCGCGGCCCUCCCGCACGCGCACCCGCCGCACCCGUAUGACCGCUCGAGCAAGGGUCUCAAGGUGCUGAUGGAGUCCGGGUGGGACCCGGACGCGCGCGUGGGGCUGGGGAAGGAGGGGGAGGGGAUGCGGUACCCGCUGAAGACGGUGCCGAAGGAUGACAAGUUUGGUGUGGGGGUCAAGAAGCGGAAGGGCGGUGCGGUGGCGGCGGGGGCGGGGGUUGUGAAGAAGAGGGAGGGGGUGAAGGAGGCGAGGAGGAGGGAGGAGGUGGGGAAGAGGGUGAGGGGCAGGUUGAUGGGGGAGUUGGGGGGUGGGGUGGAUGUGCAGGAGGUUUUGAAUAGGAGGAUGGAGUAG